UCUACAUAAAAUUUUACCUUCCUUUUAAGUCUUUCUUUCUACAAAUCAAUUUCAAUCCCUUUCUUUCUUUUAGUCCCUUUUUUAAAAAUUUAACUUUUAAUUCCUUCACUUAAAAUUUAUCUUUGAAUUUAACUUUUGGUUCGAUUUAAGGUUAAAUUUAAAUUUAGUCAAUGUCUAUAAUUUAAAUGUUCGAAUUUAGAGAAUUCCGAAUAAAAUUAAGUAAAGGAAGAUGGAAAAAUUAAAAAAUGUUAAGAUUGCUGAAUUCUCCUUGAAGACCAUGUCUUACUUUGGAGGGUGGAGACCGACAUUUUUAACAUCGGUUUGGGCCAUUAGACUCUAUACACUCUACAGUAUUAUUGUUUUAUGCAAUAAUUUUCUUUUUGUAAUAAGCUUUUUAAUAAGUCUCUAUCAAAAUAGACACAAACCGGAAGCGAUUAUAAGGGACAUAAUUUUUUUUACAAGUACUUUUUUAAUAACGUUAAAACUAGCAUAUUUAAAUAUCCAUCGACAGGAUGUCCUUACAUUAGUGAAUUUAUUUUUACAAGAACAUUACCUUCCUUGUAAUGAUGAAGAAGUUGUUAUUUAUAAAAAAUUUCAGUAUAGAGAAAGAUUCAUUGUACGCGUAUUGCUCUCGACGACAUUUAUUACAACUUCGGUUUACAUAUUCUGGCCUCUAACAAAUAGACAAGAAAUGACGUUACCCUUAAAGAGAUGGCUUCCUUAUUCUAUUAAUUCGAAGGAAAUAUUUUGGAUCACUUACAUGUCGGAGUGUGUAACAACUUAUUUUCUCGUUUUCAUAUAUUCAUCAUUUGAAUCGAUAAUAACGAUUUUCAUGCAAUUAAUUUGCACCCAUCUUGAUAUUUUUUUGAAACGUCUUUUACAAACUAUGGACAUAAGAAAUAAUAUUGGCGAGAAAGGAAGCAUUUAUCAGGAGGAAUGUAAAUUCUUAAAGGAAUGUAUCGAUCAUCAUGUUGGUAUUUUUUUGUAA